AUGAAAUUCUCCUCAAUUGCCGUUGUCCUAGCUUUAUUGGCAUCGACUACCUUGGCCAAUCCUUCUGCCAACCAAGAGAAGCAUGAUGUCGAACCAUACUACUACUACAAAAGAGAAGCCAACCAAGAGAAACGUGAUGCUGAACCAUAUUAUUACUACAAACGCCAAGACUUUAAGCGAGAAGCCAACGAAGAGAAACGUGAUGCCGAACCAUAUUAUUACUACAAAUGCCAAGAUCUUAAGCGAGAAGCCAACGAAGAGAAACAGAAAUGUGAUGCCGAACCAUACUACUACUACAAACGCCAAGAAUUUAAGCGAGAAGCCAACGAAGAGAAACGUGAUGCCGAACCAUACUACUACUACAAACACCAAGAAUUUAAGCGAGAAGCCAACGAAGAGAAAUGUGAUGCCGAACCAUACUACUACUACAAACGUGAUGCUGAAGCCAGUCCUUACUACUACUACAAACGUGACGCUUCUCCCUACUAUUAUUACUAA